AUGGUUAACUUUACUGUUGAUGAAAUUCGUGCUUUGAUGGAGAAAAAGAAAAAUAUUCGAAAUAUGUCUGUUAUUGCACAUAUUGAUCAUGGAAAAUCGACAUUAACAGAUUUACUUGUGUGUAAAGCUGGUAUUAUUAUUCCUCAAGAAGAAACUACUAAUAUGCCUUUGACAGAUAUACGAAAAGAUGAACAAGAACGAUGUAUGACAAUAAAAUCGACAGCCUUUUCACUUUAUUAUGAGUUACCUGCUAAAGAUUUCGCAUUUAUUAAACAAGAACGUGAAUCUGAUAUAUCUUACUUUUUAAUCAAUCUUAUUGAUUCACCAGGUCACAUAGACUUUUUAUCGGAAGUUGCGGCAGCUUUACAUGUUACCGAUGGUGCUCUGGUCGUUGUUGAUUGUAUUUCAGGUGUCUGUAUACAAACUGAAACUGUUCUUCGUCAAUCUAUCGUUGAACGUAUUAAACCAAUUUUAUUUCUGAAUAAAAUGGAUCGUGCUUUACUUGAAUUACAACUUGAACAAGAAGAUCUUUUUCAAACAUUUCAAAGUAUUGUUGAAAAUGUCAAUGUUAUCAUUGCUACUUAUGGUGAUGAUAAUGGUUCCAUGGGUGAUUUACAAGUUGAUCCAACAAAAGGUACAGUUGGUUUUGGUGCUGGUCUUCAUGGUUGGGCAUUUACAUUGAAAGAAUUUGCUGAAAUGUAUGCUUCAAAAUUUAAAAUUGAAGUUGAGAAAUUAAUGAAACGUUUAUGGGGUGAUAAUUUCUUUUCAUCAUCCGAAAAGAAAUGGUCAAAAACUAGAGGAGAAGAUUUUGUUCGUGGGUUUUGUCAUUUUGUUCUUGAUCCAAUAUAUAAAGUCUUUAAAGCUAUUAUGGGUAGUAAAAAAGAUGACUAUACACAAUUACUUGAAAAAUUAAAUAUUAAAUUACAAGAUGAAGAUCGAGAUAAAUUAGAAGAAGGUGGUCAACCAUUAUUAAAACUUGUUAUGAAACAAUGGUUACCAGCUGGUGAUGUUCUUCUUACCAUGACUGUUAUUCAUUUACCAUCACCUGUUUUGGCACAAAAAUAUCGUGCUGAAUUUCUUUAUGAAGGUCCACAAGAUGAUGAAGCAUUUUUGGGUAUUAAAAAUUGUGACCCAAAUGGUCCAUUGAUGAUGUAUAUCUCGAAAAUGGUUCCAACAUCAGAUAAAGGUCGUUUUUAUGCUUUUGGUCGAGUCUUUUCCGGUGUAGUUCAAACAGGUCAAAAAGCACGUAUUAUGGGUCCUAAUUAUGUUCCAGGCAAAAAAGAAGAUCUUUAUGUUAAAAGUAUUCAACGAACAAUUCUUAUAAUGGGUCGUUAUAUUGAACCAAUUGAAGAUGUACCAUGUGGUAAUAUUUGUGGUCUUGUCGGUGUUGAUCAGUAUUUAGUUAAAACCGGUACAAUUACAACAUUUGAAAAUGCAUAUAAUCUGCAUGUGAUGAAAUUUAGUGUUAGUCCUGUAGUACGUGUUGCUGUUGAACCAAAAAAUCCAGCUGAUUUACCAAAAUUAGUCGAAGGUCUGAAACGUUUAGAGAAAUCAGAUCCUAUGGUUCAAUGUAUCAUCGAAGAAUCGGGUGAACAUAUCGUAGGUGGUGCUGGUGAAUUACAUUUAGAAAUUUGUUUAAAAGAUCUUGAAGAAGAUUAUGCUUGUAUUCCAAUUAAAGUUUCUGAUCCAGUUGUAUCCUAUCGUGAAACAGUAUCGGAAAUAUCAGAUAGAAUGUGUUUAUCAAAAUCACCUAAUAAACAUAAUCGUAUCUUUUUAAAAGCUCAACCAAUGCCUGAUGGCUUACCAGAAGAUAUUGAUAAAGGUGAAAUAACACCACGUCAAGAAUUUAAAGCACGUGCUCGUUAUUUAAAUGAAAAAUAUGAUUAUGAUGUAAAUGAAGCACGCAAAAUUUGGUGUUUUGGACCUGAAGGAACGGGACCAAAUCUCUUAAUAGAUUGUACUAAAGGUGUACAAUAUUUAAAUGAAAUAAAAGAUUCUUGUGUUGUUGCUUUUCAAUGCGCUACAAAAGAAGGUAUACUUGCUGAAGAAAAUGUUCGUGGUGUUCGUUUUGAUAUUCAUGAUGUUACAAUGAAUUCGGAUGCUAUUCAUCGCGGCGGUGGACAGUGGAUUCCGACUGUUCGUCGUGUAAUUUAUGCAUCAAUGCUUACAGCUAAACCACGUCUUUUUGAACCAGUUUAUUUAUGUGAAAUCCAAUGUCCGAAAGUUGCUGUUGGUGAUAUUUAUGGUAUACUGAAUUGUCGUCGUGGUUAUGUAUUUGAAGAACAUCAAGUAGUUGGAACAUCAAUGUUUAUUGUUAAAGCUUAUUUACCUGUUAAUGAAUCAUUUGGUUUUUCUGCUAAUCUUCGUUCCAAUACAGAUGAUCAAGCAUCUUCACAAUGUGUAUUUGAUCAUUGGCAAAUAAUGGAUCAAGAUCCAUUUGACGAAACAUCUAAAGCUCGACAAAUUAUAAAUGAUAUUCGAAAACGUAAAGGAUUAAAAGAAGGUAUUCCACCAUUAGAUGAUUAUUGUGACAAAUUAUAA